AUGGCAACCAAAGAAAAAGUUAUACAAGGAUAUGAUGUUACUUUGGAGUUCUUGAUGGAGGCAAAGAAGAAGUUGGAAGAUUGGGAAGAGGAAAAUGGAGGUAGAUUAAACGAGUUGACAAAGGAGUUGAGAAAGUUAAAGAGUCAGAUAAGAUGUGAGAAAGAUGAGAAAAAAAGGAAAAUUCUGGAGAGGAAUGAAGAAGAUUUGGAAAAGGAGAGAGUUGAAUUGGAAAACGAAAAGAAGAAGUUAGAGGAUGACAAGAAGGAGUGGGGGAAUACGUUUAAAAAGUUCGUUGGAGAAG